GUGACGUGGCCUUCUCUGUGUACACCAGCUGAUCGAGAAACAGAGCCGUCUUUUAUUGUCAUUUUUUUAGUAUUGUGAGGAUCUGGAAGCUCGGCAGCAGUCCGGCUCACCUCAGGACCAGAACCCGCUGCUGGCUUCGCGGGAAACUGCAGCGCGUGCAGCUGACACGUGAGCUUUUUGGAGGCCUGUUUGUUUUGGUUUGUACAUCACUAAGGCCUACCUGCUGCUAACCUAACAGCUAGCUGUCACAGCUAGCAGGGUUGAGGCUUUACAGACUGCGGGUCACAGAACAAACGAUGAAGCAGUGACGUAUGUACAGUGACUGUAUAUGAAGCUGAUAUCCUCCAUGCUGUCUGUCUGUCAGUCUGUCCACUGAUCACAUCCACCGUCUGAGAGACAAGCCUUCUGUCAGCAGCGCUUUAGUCCAGUUACAAGAUGUGGUUGAAACUGUUCUUCUUGCUGCUGUAUUUCAUACUGUUAUUCAUGGUAGCGAGGAUCUUUGAAGCGGUGGUUUGGUAUGAGACUGGUAUGUUUGCUACUCAGCUUGUGGAUCCAGUUACUCUCAGUUAUAAGAAGUUGAAGACCAUCCUGGAGUGUCGGGGGCUGGGAUACUCUGGAUUGGCUCAGAAGAAGGAUGUCAGCGAGCUGGUAGAGAAAUCAGGAGAGUUGACACAGGGGGAGCUGUACUCAGCCAUCAAGAAGGAGAAGGAACAGACAGAGGCUGGAGACGGCAGCACCACACACUUCAGUGCAGAGAUGCACUUCUAUGAAUUAGUGGAGGAUACUAAAGAUGGGAUCUGGUUGGUUCAGGUCAUUGCCCAGGGAGAAGCUCUGCUCAGUCAGUCCAGCUGGGGGAAGAUGGUGCAGAAAGUGUCUCAGUUUGGAAUCAGAACGGGAACCUUUAACUGCUCUAAUGACUACAGGUCAUGUAUCAAGCGUGGCUGGCAGCGCUCCACUCUCAUCAUGUCUGUUCCUCAGACUUCAGCGUCAAAGGGCAAAGUCAUGCUCAAAGAAUACAACGGCCAUCGCAUCGAAACCGAGCAUAUCUUCCGCUGGAUGACUUCACAUGUGGCUCAUCGCAUCAAAACUCUGCGUCACUCUGAGCAGCUGGUUGAGGAGUGGCGCUCUGACCCAUCCCACCCAGUGAAGAUGUUUCUGUUCGCCCGUCUGUCCCAGCCGCCCGCCUUCUUCUCCUCACUGUCCGUCAAAUUCACGGGCAGGAUCGAGUUCAUCUUCGUGGAUAUACGGCACUGGGACAACAACAGCAGCCUGGCAGAAAUCGGCGUGACACAGAGCCCCGCUUACAUCCUCAAGAUGCCUGAAGGCAUUUAUCACUAUGGACAUAGUACGGGGGAGUUCCUGUCCCUGGCUGCCAUGGAUACUUUCCUGCGGUCAGUCCAGCCAGAGGUUAAUGACCUGUUUGUCCUCAGUCUGGUCCUGAUCAACCUGCUGGCCUGGAUGGACCUCUUCAUAACACAGGGGGCAACAGUGAAACGAUUUGUAGUUCUGAUCCGAACACUCGGAACCUACAACUCCAUACUGCUGGUGUCCUGGCUUCCUGUUCUGGCUCUCCUCCAGCUUCCCUAUCUGGACAGUCUGUACGGUUACAGUCUGAAGCUGCUUCGCUAUGCUGACACCACCACACUAGCCAGCCUGGUGAGAGCUGACUGGACCUUCUACUCGUCCCACCCGGCUCUCUUCCUGUCCACCUAUCUGGCUCACGGCCUGCUGAUCGACUAUUUUGAGAAGAAACGCCGUUGUGGCAUCAGAAGCCAAGAAGACAGCACCACCAACCUGGAGUGGCUGGCCAGUCUAUGGGACUGGUACACUUCCUAUCUGCUUCAUCCAAUCGCAUCAUUGCAGCAGGUCCCGUCUGACCAGUCAGACUGGGAGGAUGAUCCCAACUUUUUCUUUGAGCGCUUGGCUUUUCCUGAUCUCUGGCUUCGCCCUUUAGUAAACAUGGACUACAUUAAAGACUUGCCCACCUGGAGGUUCAGAGCUGUUGGUCAGCACAGAGGGGAGGGGUCCGGUGGGGAGCUGGAAGAAACCGAUAGUUCACACUCAGACACAGAGAGCAUGGAGCAGAGUGAUGGCCCCCCUGUGAGUCCCAGCAAACCUCCACAUAGCAUGGACAGCAGCUGUCACUGUGCAUCAUCCCUCUACUGUUGUCAUGGGAACGUAGGCUUACCAUCAGCUGACAGGCCACCAGAAGAUGUCUCCAAUCAUCAGCACUGCGAUUGGUCAGUGUGGCCCUGUGACAUGCUGCGGUGCUCAGAGUGUGUGGUGUGUCUGGAGAACUUUAUGAGUGAGGAGCUGCUGAUGGGUCUGCCCUGUGGUCACGCCUUCCACCAGCAGUGCAUUGUGGUUUGGCUGGCAGCAGGCAGAAACUGCUGCCCAGUAUGUCGCUGGCCCAGCUACAAGAAGAAACAGCAGCGAGCUGCACAGAGCAGCCCUGCUAAAAACACACUACUGGACUGAUGAACAGGUGGAACUGAGCCCUCCUUACAGCCCUGCUGUCACUGUUCACAGGGCUUACUGUGUUAUCAUCACAGCUUGCAUGGGGUGAAGUUGGGACUGGGGAGGAAUUAAGAAGAAAACAUUAUUUGUUAGUGUGGUCACAGUUGCUGUUGUCAUGACCCAUCAAUCCGCUUGUUUCCAUUCCUGUUGAAGGCAAUGUGCUGGCCAUCAUGGCAGACAGAUGACACUAUGAGAGCCCAGUGCAGAGAGGAUAGUCAUUUACACAGUAAACGUAGGUUUAGUCACAGUAAACGUUGUAGUCUAAUAAAAACAUAUUUCUAGUUGUGCUUUUUGGCCACAUUUACCAGAGAUCUGCUGUUUGAAGGGGAUGACUGACACUGAGAGUAAAGAAACCAUCAGUGUGACUUCACUUGGCAAGGCUGUAAGCUACUGAAGAUAACUACAUCAAAACAUACAUGAACUCUUAUCUAAUCUGUAUCAUGACCGAUUGCAACUGCAAAAAUCUCCAUGCUAUAUGUGUUUGCAUUUUGUUAGAGUAGAAGUAGAACAUUUCUGGAUAGCUGCUUUUUGGAAACCUCUAACUGGUCAACACAUGAAAGAUGUUUCUACCAGUACAACAGUACAACAGUACAGUUCUAAUGAAUGAGCUGGGUGUGUAAUAUGGUGGUAUACAUUCUGGUUCUGACACACUGAUAACUCUUCAGAAUCUUCAUUUCUGCAUGACUUCAGAGAGAAUUUGCUCAAAACAGUGGUGUCAACAGUUUCUACCUGAAUUCUGCCAAAUCACAUUAUAUCACAGUUUUUCUGUCCUGAAUUCUGAUGUUUCUCGCCACAGUCUCCCAGGUACGCUGAACCACAGAGCUCUACAGGCUUCAGUCAGGGUGCCCACACUUGGAGAUGUCUGUAAUAUUGCAGCACUUUGGAAACAUGCACACCACCUCUCACAUUAGAGGCUGCUUGCACACACUGAUAUGCUGCUGGAAUUGUAUGUAUUCAAAAAAGAUGGGGCCUCUAGAGUUGAGAGGCUGAUGCAGAGUAGUGAUAAUGGUAACAGUCCUCCCUCAUCCUAACCCAGCACUGCCCACACUGCCUUCAUCACAUUAGUAUUUAAUGUGUGACCAGAAUAGUAACACUUGUGUUUGCCAUCUGUUGAAGGAUUUAAAGACAUUUCAUCAGGAAGGCUGCAGACACACACGCACAUAUAUAUCUGUGACACAUUUUGACACUAAUCACAUAUUUUAAAAGUUCAAAUAUAAUAUAAUGCAUUUUAGUUUAGAUUAGUGACCUCAGCAGUUUGUCAGUGAGGCAACACACAUGUGGUCAUAUUCCUGUGACUGAUCACAGCCAGUGCCACAAGCUAUGUACAGCAGCCAUCAGUGCAGAACCAAACAAAGUUGAAGCUGCAUUAGUCAAUACUAUAUAUUAACUAUGGGUCAGAUGACUGUAUAAUGGGAAAUAAGUUGCUCUUUUCACCUCUUUUAGUGUGUCUUUUACAUUUUCCUGCCCUUUAUAUUCUUCCGCCAUCAACCAGGUUUCCAGCAGCAGGCAGCAGUUCUCGUGAUAAACCCUCUGUACACUACCUGCCAAACAUAAACCCUAGCUAGAGAACAUAGUGGAGCAUUUAGCAGCUAAUGAGCCAGGAGUUGCUCAGGUGAACAUAAACACCGCUCCAAUAGGAAGAUCACGCUGCUCGGUGUCUGCUAGAUGUGUAAAUAAGCAACUGUUUGCUAACGCUUUCACCCUAUCAACUUUAUAAGUUGAUAAAAUGUCCAAUGUUUUUUUCAACUUGCCAUAAAAUCACUAAUGGCACAGUUGCAUUAUUGAAUCAAGUCUGUAUCAUGACUGGCUUACCAUCGUGCUGCAGGUUUUGUGAAUUGGCAAAAACGUCCAAUUUUGGACUCUACAAUACAGCUUGUGAUGACAGAUAAUACACCUGUCUGUCACCAGCCUCAAUGAAUGUGUAUAUUAAUGUCUGAUGUUCUAGUCUCUGUAAGGUAACAGUACAUGGAUACAAUGCAUGUUGUGGUGGCUGUUAUUACGCAACCCUUGCCUUUACCAAGAAUGGACAUUUGUUAGUGAGACAACUGGUGUGAAUUGAACAUGGUUGCUAUCAUGUAUGGAGGUACAACAGGGUCCCAGGUGUGUCAUUACAUUCAUUACCCAAAAAACAACCUUCUAGUUCAUGUCAGCAGGGUAACAAAAAGGUUUGAGUGGCUUGGCUCAGCAUUGUAUGUUUUUAUUUGUCCUUCAGUGUUCUCCAGGUUGACAUCCAGGAGCUGAGCUGCACAACAAGUCUCCUGUUGCUGUACACACCCGCCAGAGGUAUGAGCCUGUCAUCAUUAGGCUCCAGUACUAAUGCUCAGCAGUACAGAAUAGAAAAGUGAGAAAUCCACACUUGAAUUUUUAAGUCAAUUAAUCCUUUUAACCCUAAAUGUCAAUAAAAUAAACAAUUCUCUCAUUAAUUGACUAACUUAUUUUCUUGACAUAUUGAAGGAUUUCAAAUAGCUUUCAGUUUUGGAUGAAACUCUGAGUUAGGCUUUCAGCUCCUGCGUAGUAGAAAUGAUGUGCUGAUAUUGUCCUUUAGAACAUUUGUAAAUCCAGAAAACUCAAGCAAGCGUAUCCUGUGUAUUGUGUCACCUGAGGUUUAGUUUGCAGUUUACCUGUGAACCUCACACAUGCUUUACCUCAGGAUCUCAUUAUGUAAUAGGUGGGAUGUCCUAGAAGGCUGAUACUACCCCUCAUUGUUUCAAAAUCCUGAUUUAAAAUAUCCAAAACUAACUGUAACCUAUCAAUUUUAAAGGGUGCUUUAUCAUAAUCCUUCAGCUCAUUCCUGUCCUCUUUUUGUGUGUGAAGAGAAGGAGAAAAAAUCUGUAGA